GGGGGCUUUUCGCCCCUGGUAGGGUCUCCCAAGGCAAAUUGGUCCUGGGUGAGGAGCCAGACAAAGUGCGAUUCGAUAAACUUAGGACACAUACCUUGGCUUGGAUGGGAAGAACUGGACUUAAUAGAGUCAGCCUGAUGGGUCUACCUUUGUUAAUAUAGUCUUACUGGGCAAGUCCAUAUGUCAUCACCUUGCUGUGUUCUCACCAACUCUAGGAGACACUGGCAAGACAAGCAGCACUGGGAGAGACGAACAGAUGAGCCAUGAAAGGGUGGAGCUGAGGCUCAGCUGACCCCUCCCCAUCCAUCUCCUCCUUUCCCCUGUACUCCAGUUGAUCAGCACCUUCCCCCUCUCCCUUCCCCUCCUGUCCCCUUCCUGCCCUCCCAUCACCCUGUUGGGCCUCACCCUUUGUUCCUCACCGCCUCCUCCAAACUUCAGUCAGCAGUGUCCAAUGUAUUCCCCGGAGCAGGAAAACAUCUCCACCACCACCUCCACCAAAGUGCCAGUCAAGUAUGGAGAGCUAAUUGUGCUGGGGUACAAUGGCUCUCUGCCCAAUGGGGACCGAGGCCGUCGUAAAAGCCGGUUUGCACUUUGCAAACGGCCGAAGGCAAAUGGGGUGAAACCCAGCACAGUUCACGUUGCCUGCUCUCCACAAGCAGCCAAGGCCAUAAGCAACAAAGACCAGCACAGCAUCUCUUACACUCUGUCCCGAGCCCAGACGGUGGUGGUGGAGUACACCCAUGACAGCAAUAUAGACAUGUUCCAGAUCGGUCGAUCCACAGAGAGUCCCAUAGACUUUGUAGUGACGGACACGGUGGCCGGCAGCCAGAGUAACGCAGACACUCAGUCGGUCCAGAGCACCAUCUCUCGCUUUGCCUGCCGCAUUAUGUGCCAGCGCACACCGCCUUACACAGCUCGCAUCUAUGCUGCAGGCUUCGACUCCUCCAAGAACAUCUUCCUGGGGGAGAAAGCUGCAAAAUGGAAAACGCCUGAUGGUCAAAUGGAUGGGCUGACCACCAACGGCGUGUUGGUGAUGCACCCUCGCAACGGCUUUACACAGGACUCCAAACCGGGCGUAUGGAGGGAGAUCUCAGUCUGUGGCAACGUCUUCACUCUCAGAGAGACACGCUCAGCUCAACAGCGAGGAAAGAUGGUUGACUCUGAGACUCAGGAGCUUGUCGACGGCUCACUUAUUGACCUCUGCGGGGCUACUCUAUUGUGGCGCACUGCUGAAGGUCUUGCGCGCACCCCCACCCUCAAGCACCUGGAGGCGCUGCGACAGGAGAUCAACGCGGCCCGGCCACAGUGUCCUGUGGGUUUCAACACACUGGCCUUCCCCUCGAUGCGUCGCAAGGAUACGCCAGAUGAGAAGCAGCCGUGGGUCUACCUCCAGUGUGGCCACGUGCAUGGCUACCACAACUGGGGCAACCAUCGCGAGGAGAGGGAGGGCCGGGAGGGCCGAAGCAGGGAGUGUCCCAUGUGCCGGGCUAAAGGGCCAUACGUGCCCCUAUGGCUGGGCUGUGAGGCUGGUUUCUAUGUGGACGCAGCACCACCCACUCACGCCUUCAACCCUUGCGGCCAUGUCUGUUCAGACAAGACGGCGGCCUUCUGGAGUCAGAUCCCUCUUCCUCAUGGCACUCACACCUUCCACGCCGCCUGCCCCUUCUGUGCCCAGCAGCUAAGCGGUGAGCAGGGCUACAUCAGACUCAUCUUCCAGGGACCCCUCGACUAGCAGGGAGAACCUCCCAGUCUCUUUUGGAGGAGGCAGGGCCAGGAGGUUUUGUUUGGAUGCUGAUCCUGCAUUUGAAGCAGAGUCCUGCUCAGAUUUUGUUUUUUCUGGACUUUUUGCCUCUUUCUCAUUUUUAAGUGACCUUUGUAUUGCUUUUUCAUGAAUGACAACAAAGAUUUCUAUAUUUUCAUGAGAAACCAGAGACACAAAAACCAAACAAAGAACACUGCUGGGUAAACUUUGUCUUUUGGAGAGUACUUUCAACAGUAUUUAUCAAAAUUACUAACAUACCGUACUGCAAAGAUACGGUUUCUAUUCAUCUAUUUGUUGCAAUAUACAUCUGUGUACAUCUAGAGCUUAUUUAAACAAAGAUGUUUAUUUAUGGCCCAGGACCAUUACUUCAUCUUUUACCUAUCAGAUAUGCCUAACUUCAAUAAUAUUUAGUGUUUAAUUUUAAAAUUCAGUAUAUUGUUAAUCAUACAUAAAGUUUUGGGUGUGUCCUGUCUUUCCUUCUCUUAAAGCCAUUUGUCAUAUUUAUACAGCCUUUUGUGUGCAAUCACGUGUUAACUCAUGAGUUGCUCUGUCUAGUCAGGCAUCGUCACUUGACUUGUCACAUUCAGAGCAAUAGAUAUGCAGCAGAAAUCUCCUCCAGCAUUACGGGAGCUUUCACGGCAUCUUUGUAAAAAGGACUGCCUGAAUGACUACUCCCUCCCUUUAAAGAGUGAAUUUUUCCUGAUCACGCAUUAGCCAUGUUAACAGAGCUAUGUAGCUAAUGACACAUCUCACAGACUCACUUUAUAACCAGACCUGCUUUUGUUUGGUUAGUUUUAAGUGGACAUGGACUCUCAGACAGAAAGUUUAAACUGAUGUGGACAGUGUCUUGUUCAGUCUGCUUGGUUGCUGCGACAUUGUGGGUUUUAGAUAUAAUAUAAACCAUGGUCUCUAUUUUGUCAUAUACAGUAUUCAAUUAAGUAUUAAUUUCAUCAGUGAGGUAAGAUAUUUUAUUUUCUUUUGCCACAGCUAACUGUAUGACCAACUUAAUGCUGAGAAUGUUUCAUUCUGAAACACAUGCAUGAUUUGUUUCAUCACACUUCAAAAAGUGAAGUCAUUUUCUUUUUCUCAUAUCCAAAUUGUCACAGUAUAGGAAGUCCUGUUAACGAGCAACAAAACACACGGGAUAAAGACAACUGUAGAUGUUUGACUCAGGUUUGACUCACACAGCUUCAAGAUACAAAAUUCUCUUAAGGGAUGUGCUUGCAGUCAUCAGGGCUUAGUGUUUGUGAUUUCUAAACAGUCUCUGUGACUUCCCUUGUAGCAUUUUAGGGUAAUGAGUUCUUCUGUGUGAGUACAAAAUAUCAAGGCUGCUUGUUCUUACUUUUAGUUUUUGGUGACUGAAAAUAUGAUAUUAAAAAUGUGGUUAUACAAUAUAAUAACAGUCAUAAAGGUUAAACAGUCAUUUAUUUAGUGAGCAGUUUGUAAAAACAUUUUAUCCCCUGCAAACCAGAAACUGUGCAGUUUGUCAUCUAUGCAUUGAUCCCCAGGCUACCUGUGGAGCCAGAGUACUACUUUAAUUAUAGACUUGUAAGAUUAUUUAUUAAUGCAACAGACAGGUCAAGUGAGUAGUGUCCAGUUUAAUUUUUCUAAACGCUCAGAAAAGGCAGUCAUGAUAUUUUUAUCAGAUUCUGAUACAAAUCUGUACAAUAAAUUUAAAUGAGACACAAACUCAAACUGUAAAACUUCCCAACAGUGAAGCAGCUUUACUGAUCAGCCACUUCCAAACAGCUCCCACUGAGCUUCAGGCCAGCGGGGGGACCUGAACACACUCAUACCUGCAGGUUAAAGUAAUGUGUGUGCAUGUGAGAAAGAACGAUUGUAAUUUAUAUGUUGAUUGUAUGUGUGCAGUUUGUGUCCAUCUGUCCACUCAGUAGCUCUGUAGAGAAGUUGUAUCCUCAGACUGCAACACACUAACUCACCUCAGGGAGAAACUGCUAUAGUCAUCUGAGGAUACCUCACAAAUAAGAAUAUCCAGUUUUGUUCUUCCUCUCCUUCACCCAGUGUUGUUUGGUUUUCUUUCAUGGACUGUGUAAUUAAAGGGCUUCCCUUGGUCUCUGUACUGUUAUCUUGGCCCUGUUUUUACACAAACACCCGCAUCAGCCCGUCCUGCCGCCAUUACUCACUCUUCUUCUGUCUUUGUGCUUGUAAAAGGCAAAAGCACAGAAUGUUUCCAGCAAACACUUUUUUGUAACAACUUUAAACAAUAAAGUGUAAAAGUGAUAAAUCUU